AUGGCUAUGGCACAUUUUGACACGUUCAGCUCUCCGGUACGAGACUCCUCUUCAGCGGAAGAUGAAGAGGCGCCUUCUCCCGCAGAUGCGGACCUUGACGGUCACGAACUGGAAGACCUCGACCUGCGGGAUGAAACGCAUGAGGCAGAACCAAGCGCCCCUGCUGAUGCAAUAAUCGAUGUUGAUCCUGUCCCGCCCACAAUACAGCCUCCAGUGGCGGCGCGAACCAGUACCGACACCGGGGAAGAGAAAAACAGCAAAUUCGGUUGCCGCGGGAAAGUCUCCCUCACGCACGUACUUCUUUUCCUGACUACCUGCUGCCUCGUGUUUAUUGCAGCGACCAUCGCUUGCCGCCUGGCUGUUGGUAGCAGCCCAACUGAGCCUGCAGUCCUUUUCGUAAUCACGUGCAUUGUCGUUGCCGUGGGGUUCUGGGGCGUGGCUAGACAGAGUCGUCCGCUGACGCUAGCUUACGCGUGCCUCCUUAUCCUCUUGACGGCGACAACAAUGAUCUGCGGCUCUAUAGAGACAAGCCGCUUCAGAGACAAUUUCGAGGCGCUGCAUGCUCUCAACAGAAAACCAGGCUUAACCCCUGACGAAGAAAAGCAACUGCAGGAGUUAUCUGAAGAGCUGAAGGUGCUUGCAGCUUUUGUAGCUCUGUACUUCUUGUGUUCCGCUCUUGUCCUCGUCACUGCUGUGCUUACAAUCAGACUGCAUUUUAAUAUCUCCGAAAAGGAGAGAGAGCAGGCAGCAGAAACUGGACAAAAUUAUGCAGAAGCUAGCGCAAGUGAAGAGGUAACAGGACCGUGUGCAUCGCAAGCUAAUGAUGGCCACCAGGAUGUUCCAUCUCCCCCGGAAACCAGCGUCCCGCUGGCAUUGCAGUCCACCAGCGAGUUGGCGCCAGAAGCCAACGACAACGACGAGCCCGCCGGAGCCUGA